UCAGAAGGCGGGGGCAGCGCCUCCCCGCAGGUGGAAUCCCCUCCCGCCUCAGAGCCGAGGAAGCGGCAGCCACUCCCCCUCAGCCGCUCCCCCUCAGUCGCUCCGCAAUGGCGGCCGUGUGGGGGGGAGGCCCCGCCCCGCCCUCGCGCCCCGUAAAGGCGGGAAGGGCGGCGCGCAUGCGCGCCGGGAAGGAGGGAGCGAUGGCGUCCACAGACACGGCGAAGCAGGCACAGCUCAUGGAGCUGCUGAAAAAGGAGGUGAGAGCGAUGCUGAUAGCUGCCAAGGAGGGCCUAACGCCGGCAGAGCUGGAGGAGCAGUACAUGGCCAUGGUCUGCAAACCUCUGCCCCUCCAAGACCUGGGCUUCCAGUCCACCUUGGAGCUGGUGAGACAUAUGCCUGAAGUUGUCCGAGUCUCUUUUUGCAAGAAUGGCACCCUUAUCCUCAAAGCCAUUGCAGAUGACACCACCAAAGGCAUUGCCAAGCUGGUUGCCUGCCAGAAGGGAAGGACGUGUACUAAGGCAUGGAAGAGAACUCAGCUGAAGGCAAAUGCUGCUUCUCCCUCUAAGAACUCUAAGAAUCCACAGCGUUCCCCUCUGAGAGCCAGGACUCCCAUCCUGCCAGCGACAGUGAAGGCUGAGCUGCAGGACCUGCUGAGCUCCUCACCUCUUCUGCUCCAGGACUUGGACAAGGCCUUCCUCAAAUGCUUUGGCCGGGUGUUCCCGUACAGGCAGUACGGAUUUUCUUCUGUGCUUGAAGCCCUCAGGAGUGUGUCUGAUUUCAUUGUGGUUGAGCAGACAGAGGCAGGUUCUUUGCUGGUCCUGAGACAGUACCUGGCAAAUGAGGCAGAGCAGGAAGAGGUGCCUCAAGGUGAGGCACAGGACGAAGAGAUGCUGCGAGCUGAGAUGCCUCCUUUGGAACCCAUCUGUGAGACAGAUAACUUCCACCAGGCAGCACUUCAUCAGAAGUGGGAGCCAGUGGAAACAGAAGCAGUAGAUUUGGGUGAUCACCUUAAACAACCUCAAGAUUGUCAGCAGCUGCUACCAAACAAGCUGACACUGACUGAGGAAAUCCUCCCAGAUGCUGUUCAGGACAGAAGCCUUUGCAGUUUACCACCUCUGAAGAGAAGGUCCUUGGUGGGAGUUGUCGUGGAAUUCAUUGUCUCUCCUACCCAGUUCUACAUCCACAUCUGCGGCAGGGAAACAUCCCAGAAACUGCAGGAUCUGAUGUUUGAGAUGAGACACCUUUACUCCCAUAAACUUGUCUCUGAUAAAUACAUCAUGCCUGACUCUGCAGUACGGCCUGGACAGCUCUGCUGUGUAAUGGUCUCCAGAUGGUGGUACCGUGUUAUCAUCCACCGUGUGAUCAGUGACCAAGAAGUGGAGGUGUUCUAUGCAGAUUAUGGGCACCUCCAAAUUGUCCAAAAGUCUUGGCUGAGAUUCCUCAAGUGGCAGUACUUGAAGCUCCCUGCUCAGGCCAUCCCGUGUUCCUUGGCAUGGGUAAAACCUGUGGAGGGUACGUGGUCUCCUGCAGCAACUCUCCUGUUCAAGAAUCUCUGUGGCUUCAAGGAGCUUGUGGGCGUUGUGGAUGAAUAUGUGGAUGGCGUUCUGCACCUCUUCCUCUGUGACACAUCCACCAAGGAGGAUGUCUACUUCCACUCUGUCUUGAGGGAUAUGGGAUAUGCUGAUGUCUGUGGAGAGAACAUUCCUUCCCAGGAAUUCAAGGAACUGAAUCCUUUGGCCUUAUAUGUUCAACCCAGUGGAGAGCAGGAGAAUGCUGAACUGGUGGAGCCAGACCUUUGCUUGCAGCAGGAAUCUCUGGUUGCAGAUAGUGAAACAACAUCCUCAAAGCUGGAUGGGGCUGAGCUGUGUGACCAGACACCUCAUUCUCUUGGAGAGUCCUCUGUGCCUGCUGUCUUAGUCAAGUCAGUGGAAGAUCUUUAUACCUCCUUUAUUUACUCCAAGCAACCAGCAGAAAUGAGGCAAGAUGACCUUGAUCAGAUAGAAAGAUUUUUGAGCAAGGCCCAACUUUCUGAAGCUGUACAUCCUGCUGUUCUGCUCAUGGCAAUGCCAUUCAUGCUGGACACAGUACGGGUAGAUUUGUCAGUCAGAGUUCACACAGCAGGAAGCUGAGCAGUCUGUUACCAUGCCAUGAGUUUUGCAGUCCCUGUUGGGUAUCCUAGGGCUGGUGCUGCUGGAACAGAUGGACAUGUUGGUGUUUCUGUGGGCUGGAGGUGCCACAGUAAUAAAUGGCUGGAUGCAGUGCAUCGGUUUGGCCUUUGCGCAGCAAAAUGGAUUUCUAAUUGUUUAAUGGGAAGAAAUGAAUUGAGGGUUAGUUCUUUCAUUGCUGGUUUUUGUUGUCUUUUCUAGACUUUCUGCUGCUUUCAUGCAGAACUCUUUGUUUCUCCACUCCAUACUGUGUUCAUUUCAUCCGGAGUCUUCCAGUCUCUCAGCCGUAAGGGACUAAAGCAUUUUGUAAAUCCUGUGAGGUCCCUAUGUGGGUGUUUGUCUUCCAUCUUCCAAAUGAUGAAAGAAUUUAUAACACCCCUACGAGAGUUGCUCAAUUUACAAGGUAGAUUAAGUGCCUUGGUGAAGGCAAUGAAUUUUUGUGCUUUGGAACAGAGCUGUCUGCCUUCUCUUUGGAGUUCCCUAGACACAAGCUACUGAUUUCCCACCUCUGGAGAAAUGGAGGUGGAGCAGCUGGGGGACAGGGAGAGAGGUCCUUGGGUUACACCAUGUCCAGCUCCUCAAAUAGGUGUGCAGUAGCAAGUCCUCUUGCCGUGAUCUGGUAACAUCCAGCAAAGGGGAUUUCAGUCUAAACUGGAGCUCCUGGAUUUGCCAGUGUAGAUUUGAUCUUUCUUUUCUGUGUCCUUCC